UCGGGCAAAAGUAUAAAGUGUCGUUAUUGUAAUGCGACCAUGCAGACGAAAGAGGAAUAUUCAGAACAUCUUGAAACGCAAAAGGAAUAUAACUGCACUUGGCUCGGAUGUGAAAUGAAAUUCUGUUCCCGAUCGGCACUUCAACAGCAUCAUAAUAUACAUCAACCUAGACCUCAAUGUGAAAAUUGUGGCUAUCUCUUUCCUCGCAACCGUACCCUACGAAUACAUCAGCAACGAUGUCACGGAGGUAGUCGUAAGUUCCACAAAGUUUCCAUUUAG